CGUCACUAAGAACUGAGAAUUCAUGGUAGAAAAAUCUGUCGGGAUAGAACACAACAAUCUCCCAGAAUAUCUGCGUGGAACGUGUUUGAUUUUGACUAGAGCACAGUGAAUCUUUGAUAAAACAGAGAAUAUUUGUGGAAGUGACGGUUCUCAAAAAUGAUACAAAGGAAAGUGAGCAUUAAACGAGUUCUCACAGAGAUUGAGCUUGAAGACUUAGAAAUUCCAUCUACUGAUGACCUUAGCGUACCUGAAAAACCCAGGAGGAAGACCUCAAAAGUCAGCAAGGAGGAAAAUCCAGAAGAAAGCAAAACUGAUCCUGUUGAUAAUGAUAAUGCUGGAGAUGUGACUGAAGAUCCUGGCACUAAAGUGUCAGAAGUUGAUAAAAAUGAUAUGGAGGGGAAUGAAAGUCCUAAAGAUGUUGCUGAACAAGAUGUACAAGAUUCGCAGUCUAGUACUGUUUCUGGACUGGAUGACUCCUCCCAAGAGGCCAGUGGAGCCUCGUCCAAGCGACUUCGGAUGUACAAGUGUGAACGCUGCAACACUCAGUACAUGGGUCUGGCAAUGUUGCGCCAGCACUGCAGGGAUGUACAUGGUGACCAGAAAUACUACAAGUGCCAUGUGUGUGGAAAGCUGUUCAGCCAUCCAAGCAGUAGGAACAUUCACUUGAGGCUGCAUUCUGGAGAGAAGCCGUACAAGUGUAGCACCUGUGGCAAACAGUUCAGGGUGUCAUCACAUCUGAAAGACCAUGUUAGGGUCCACACUGGGGAGCGUCCGUAUAUUUGUGACAUUUGCCAAAAGGGAUUUAAGCAGUCCAGUGACCUGAAGAAGCAUCGUCGCACACACACCUUGGACAAACCUUACAAGUGCCCUAUCUGUCCUUCAGCCUUCACCCGUUCCCAUCACUGUCGCGGCCACAUCAAUUCUGUCCACAAGUUCUUCAAAUGUGCUUGCGGUGCUCUGUUUACCUCUGAGGAUGCCUUUGAGCGACACAAAGAGCUUCAUCCUUCAGUAUUUCCAGAACAAGCUGAUGGCGAGGAAACUCCACCAGAGGUGUCAGAUUCUGCACAGAACAGUAGUGUACCAAAAGACAACACCCAAGAAGACAACGAACUACAUGAAAAGAAUCUGAAAUUGGAUGUCGCCAACCAGCUACUUGAGCUUCACAAGAUAAUGCAACACAGGUCCUCGUCAGGCAACACCACAGGCAGUGGAUCAGAAACAUUGUCAGACUCAGGGGACGAGGGGAACUCUAACAACCAUUCUAAGCAGUCACCGCCCUCAAGUGAGGUGACACUUGUGAGACCACAACCAGCUCCCUCUGUUAGCCCAGUCUUGAGCUAUGACAAUGAUCCAAACAGGCAGUCACCAAAUAUGAGUCACAUGGAACAAGCAAGUUUCCUUCCACCAAAAAUCACCAGCGAAGGUGUUGAGUUUCAUUUACCUCAAGCAAGGUACUUUUACAGUUCACAGCCAAAUCCUCAAGGUGUGGAUUAUCUGAGGUUGCCAUUCCAAAGCAUCAGUCUUGGAGGGAAUAGAAAGCUAUCACCAGAAAGAAAAUUUGGACAUGUCAGUGUUCCUUCACCUGAAAGACGGAAAAGUCCUCCUUCGCCUCAAAGACGAAAAAGUCCUCCUUCACCUCAAAGACAAAAAAGUCCAGUGGAUCAGUUAGUUAAUGGCAUCCAUUCUGCAUUUCAGGAUGUUCCCCAACAUGCACAAUGUAUGUCACGCUUUGUGAUGAAUGUUGAUCCUCAAAGCCAAAAAGGGAAUUAUAGCGUUUUUAUUGAAAACAGCUUGAGAGCAGCAAAUUCCCCAAAGGGCAGUGUUGAAGUGUCUAAGACAGCUGAGAGUGUAAACACUGUUCCUUGCCAUCGUGUGUCUGUCAUUCAAUAUCAUUCCAGUUCACCAAAGCCUGCUAAUGAUGCAAAAAGUGAAGAAAGCUCGGUCCAAGGCACCCUACAGGAAUGCGAUUAUAAAUUAAGUACUUUGGCAUUGUCUAAACCUGCACCUAGGACGUCGGCAAACCAGUCUUUUCCUGAUCAACCACAGAACCACCAUGUGCCACAGAAUUAUAACCUAACCAUGAAUAACGUCAAAUAUCUGGUUGGUACUCCUUCAGAAAGGAUUCCCUUUGUACCACGUAAUGCUGAAAGUCCCAUGACACUGCAGUGGAGCAAGGAAAUGAGUGACCUGGUAGGGCAAUAUCCUUGGGCUUUGAAACAAGAAAAGAACACUCGCGAACAGUUUCUCAUGAGGGAACAAGCACUGCAGUUUUCUUACCCAAACCCUUCUUUGGAGAGCAACCAACUUAAUGUUUUCUCCCAAGCUAUUGCACAAUCAUCAAGAAGCCUGUAUAAUGUUCACACUUCUCAAGAGAGGUCUGUUGACAUGUUGAAAUAUUUAGCAAGUGAACAAAGCAAACCAAAGGAUACAGCAGAGAGAGAGACAGGCUCACCACCAGGUGAUGAUGAUUCCGAGACUUCAGAAGCUUCUGAGUCAGGUGAUGCACCAAAUGAGAGAAAAUUGUCUGGCAGUGGUGGCCAACCGUCACCAUCUUCUGACUCUUUAGCAGAGCAAAAGGACUCAUCAGACAGUUCUGUUCACCACUGCGAAGUCUGCAAUAAGACGUUCUCUCGUUCCAGCCUUCUGAAGCAGCAUUCUGUUAUCCAUAUGGGUAACAAGCGAUUUAAAUUCCGCUGUGAGGUGUGUGGCAAGAUGUUUCGUACACGCAGCCACCUGCGUGAUCAUAUGCGUAUACACACAGGUGAGCGACCAUUCAAGUGUCAUAUCUGUCAAAAAGCCUUCAAACAGUCCAGUGAUCUUAAGAAACACAUCAACCUUCACACCGGAGCCAACCAGUUCAAGUGUGAAGAAUGUAAUAUGGAGUUCCGUAGAGCUGAUGCACUUCGUAAACACAAACUGGGACACAAAGUGGGAAACAUGCCCUGUGGACAUUGUGGGAAGAACUUUUUGCACAUUGGAGCAUUAAGAGCACAUAGAGCUAUGCAUAAUGUUCAACCUGUGAAAGCAAGCAGAUCCUUUCAUCGCUGCAACUACUGCUUCAAGACAUUCACAAAAGCAGAGAGCUACAAGGUUCACAUUGAGGAGCACACUCGAGAGCAGGGUGGAGCGGUUGUGCUGUUUGACUGUAAAAUCUGUUCCAUGAAGUUCUUCACCGAGGUUGAAUUCCAAGAUCAUAUGAAUAUUCAUAAUGGAAACCGCCCGUACAAGUGCUUUGUUUGUGAUAAAGAAUUCUGCAUUGCCGAACAUCUGCAAGAUCAUGUCAGACUUCACUCUGAUGCAACUUCGCGUGUCAGGUGUGAAGAAGGUAGCAAUAGAUUUCAAAUGCCAGAUGACUUAAUGAGGCAUUCAGCGAUACAUGCUUGAUGCCAUUAUGGAUUAAAUUUAUGUAACUUCUGUAUGCUGUACACUGGACAAAACUUGGGCUUGAUCAACUUGAACUGCUGAUUUGCAUAUGAAUAUUAGCAAUAGCAACUAUUCUUUAUGCCUCGUUCUGAAAUACUUGAUUUUCCUAUCCAAUAGGAAGUAAAUCAGUGAUCCCAGUUGAUCUGCUUUGAGUUUUGCCACUGUGUAAUGUUUCUUAAUUCUUUAACUCUCUUUCACUAGCUAAUGAGCACUAACAUUUCAGGUUCAACGGUAUGAAAUGUAAUUGAUAGCAUACUCAGAUUUGAAAGACCUCCAUAAUUUGUCCCUAGAAGGUACAGUGUUCUUAAGCUAAGCUGGCAGCACAUUAGCUUAUUUCGAGAGGGCUCUCAGAACAGUAUCAUGGCAGGUAUUCUGUUGUGACUCACAGAGGGGCCUGUGAUUUUCUUUGAAAUGCUUGUGGGCACUUGUGUUUGGUUUCUCAAGGAGUAAGCCUGCAGUACACUGCAGCUGACAAAAUUUGAUAGGAUCUCUUGAGACCUGUCACUGCCAGGUAUUGCUGACAAGUCACAAAUUUCUUGUUAAGUUGUCUAAAAAUCUUUUGUUGGCAAGUGAGUCAGCCAGUAUGUCACUGGCUUUAGCAGUCUUAUCAAGGCUAUUGAUAAGCAGCUGGUAACCUACAGCAGCAAAUACUUGAGAGGCACUAAUGACAGGUCAAUAAAUCUGGUAUUGCAUCUAGUUGUAACAUGUAAUUUGUGAUAAUCGGUAUUGAUCAACGUGCCCAUGCCUCAUAACCUAUGAAUGUGUUGGGUUGUGUAGUGCAGGCAAAAUUUGUAAAUAGCAAUAAUGUUACAAGUACACUGAUAACAGUUAUAAUUUAUAAUAUAUUAUAUUAACUAGCUAAUUUCUGUCCAGAAAUUACUAUUUUACUAUCUUUUAUUGUAGAUCUGUCUCUAUCUCUAUGUUAAGAAAGUAUGAUUUUAUUAGAAACGUAUUUCAUUUAGUUCUUUAAUCUCAAGUUGAUCAGUGGUCUUGAAAUUGAACUUCGCCUGGAAUAAUAAGUUUGAUGUAGUGGAAGUACUUGAACAAGAGAUAAGUCAUCUGAUAGGAAAUCAAAUCCAUGUUUCUGUGGAAAGCAAGGUUGUGAUUGUUUCAUAAUUAAGCAAAAAGGCUUCACUUGUAUAGUUAAUAAAGUCUUAGUGUAUUUAUAAAUUUUGUUAGCCAUUAUAGACCCUAUUCACAAAUGGCUGCCAAUUUAAAAUUCUUUUGUAUGCAUUUAAAUUAGCCCAACUAACCUCUUUU